AUGACCAGCACAAGCAAGAACAAAAAUACAGUAGUCCCCAAGCUAGUUCCACUUUUCAAAAUAAUUGUUCUAAAGACUUUAUUCCUUACCAAAAAUAAGCAUUUAAAUAGAGAUUGGAGGGCAGACAAAAAAUUCCUACAUAAAUUUGAUGAGCAACAGACAAUACACAGGGGAAAACUUGAAGACUAGCCUAGAAACGAAUUUUAUGCUAAGUCAAUUAACUCGAACAAAGUUCUAAUAAGAGAUAUAAAGAGGUCAUGGACGUCGGAUCCAGGACUGGAAUUUUUGAGCAUGAUGGCUGCAAGGGCAGGAGAGAAAUAUGCUUAUGCAAUUGAAAUGAGUAAAUUUGGUGUCAAAGUUUUUGAAAUAAUAGGUUAGAAUAUUCUCACAGAUAAAAUUAAGGUAAAUAUAGAAAAGCUAAGUUUAGAAGAUGACAUAAUAAUUUUAGAAUUUGUUGGGUAUUGCUUCUUUUAUGAAGCAAAGUUUAAAGUGAAAUUUUUGCUAGAGAUAACGCUUUGA